AAUAUGGUGAUUGCCAAUAACGCAAUAACACUACGCGAAAUACAGCAGCGUAUAAUUGAUAAUGACACCAUCUUCCAAAAUAUACGCAGUGUGAGCAUGUCAGUACUAAGUCGUGUACUUGCCCGCAACAGAAUAAGGAUGAAACAAAUUUACAGAGUUCCUUUCGAAAGAAAUAGUGAACGUGUGAAGCAACUGCGAUAUGAGUAUGUGCAGAGAGUAAUGGAGCUGGAGGCAGAUGCCAUGGGACACGAGCUGCUCUUUGUCGAUGAGGCAGGUUUUAACCUCAGUAAAACAAGGAGGCGUGGUAGGAACAUUAUUGGACACCGUGCAAUAAUCAAUGUCCCAGGACAACGUGGUGGUAACAUCACCAUGUGUGCAGCUAUCAGCCAAAAUGGUGUUGUUCACCAUCAUGCAACCAUUGGCCCAUAUAACUCUGCACACAUGAUUGCAUUCCUGGACACCUUACACGACAUUCUCACUGUUCAGAGACCAGAGCAGACCCGAUAUGUUAUCAUAUGGGACAAUGUUAGUUUCCAUAGGGCUGCUUUGGUCCGCAACUGGUUUACCGAUCACCCACUCUUCAUGGCACUCAACCUCCCCCCAUACUCUCCAUUCUUAAAUCCGAUUGAAGAGUUCUUUUCUGCCUGGCGCUGGAAAGUCCACGACCGCCAUCCCCAUCAACACACAGCCCUUUUACAGGCAAUGGAGGAGGCAUGUGGAGAUAUUGAGCAGGCAUCAUGUCAGGCCUGGAUACGGCAUGCAAGGAGGUAUUUUCCCCGGUGCCUUGGACUGGAGGACAUCGCAUGCGAUGUAGAUGAGAUUUUGUGGCCGGACCCAGAGAGACGGCAUGAUGUAGGCUGA